AUGGAAGAAGUAGAGUUCCCAUGUUGUGAAAGGACCUUCUGGCUUCUUCUUGUGGCCUUUCUGGGGCUCGUGUUAUUGGCAGGCAUUGCUUCAGGUCUGGCUCUGGGACUGUUAUCGUUCUCCCAGGUUGAUCUUGAGGUCCUUAUUAAAGCUGGUAGCCCAAACGACAGAAAAAAUGCAGCAAGGAUUUCACCAUUUGUAAAGAAUGGCCACUUCGUCCUCUGUACUCUCCUUAUUGGCAAAUCACUUGCUGCAGAGGCAAUGCCAGUUGCUCUGGACAGAAUACUUCCCUUCUGGCUUGCUAUUCUAGCAUCAGCUCCCCUCGUCACUGUCUUUGUGGAGAUUGUUCCCCAAGCUGUGGCAGCCCGUUAUGGACUAACUUUAGGAGCAAAGAUGGUUCCCUUUGUUCAGCUCCUUCUUGUCAUCUUCUCUCCCAUAUCCUAUCCUGCUAGUAAGCUUCUGGAUUGGACUCUUGGGAAAGAGCACUCAGUUCUCCUAAGAAGAUCAGAGCUUAAAACAUUUGUGGACUUACAUUCAAAUAAGGCAGGGAAAGGAGGAGAACUAUCUCAUCAUGAAACUUCAAUAAUCUCAGGUGCAAUGGAUUUGACUGAGAAGAAAGCAAAAGAUGCAAUGACCCUCCUCUCUGAAGUUUUUUCCCUUGACAUAAACUCCAAAUUGGACAUGCAUACAAUGACUCUAAUAACUAGCAAAGGUCACAGUCGAAUACCUAUAUACUCUGGAACUCCAAGAAACAUCAUUGGCCUCAUAUUGGUUAAGAAUCUAGUUUUCUGCCGCCCAGAAGAUGAGACCCCAAUCAAGAAUUUGAUAAUCAGGAAAAUUCCUAGGGUUUAUGAAAACUGGCCGCUUUACGACAUGCUGAAUCAAUUCCAGAAGGGUCACAGCCAUAUGGCCGUUGUGUUGAAGGAAAGCAAAAACGCUAAGAAAACUACAGCUCAGAAUGCUAGCACCCCUACUUAUUUUAACAUGAUUACAGAUAAACUACCAAAUGAAGUGCAGAUCAAUAAAGGUAAAUAUAACCCUUCCUUUAAAUUGGAAGAGAAUCGCAGUGCUUCCAUUUAUGAAUCCACUUUGUCUUCUCGGGACACUAAAUAUCACAGUGCAACACUGCACAGUGUGAUAGAACUAGACAAUGAAAUGCACCAGCAGUUGAUGCAAUCAUGGGAACAUGAAGGUAAAUAUGUUUCACAAGAAGAAAUAGAGUCUUUUCCAACUGUCUUGGAUGAGGAAGCAAUUGGCAUCAUCACUAUGGAAGAUGUUAUGGAGGAACUAUUACAGGGAGACAUACUGGAUGAAACUGAUGAAUACAUUCAUGUCCAAAAGAACAUUAGGAUUAACUUGAAGCCUUCACAAAGAUCACGGUCAUCAUCAAGGAGAGGUUGA